GCUGAACAAGCAAGGACAGGGAACCAUGUGGAUUUCAAGCUACACGGAGUGAUCUGUCCCAGAGCCAGCGGGUCUCAUGAAGAAUAAGCCCAGAAGGAAGUAAGAUUCUCAGCAAGUAAGUCCCUGGCUUCAUACUUCACUGGAUUAUUAUUGUUGGAAACGGCGACACCUGUACCUCGACUCUUGGUCCCCAGGUCCUGCCCCUGGCGGAGCCCACGCACCAUGAACUCAAGCGAAUUCCGGAGGAGAGGAAAGGAGAUGACGGACUUUGUGGCGGACUAUUUGGACGGCAUCGAGGGACGCCAGGUCUACCCCGACGUGCAGCCUGGCUACCUUCGGUCGCUGGUCCCCUCUACUGCCCCUGAGGAGCCAGACGCGUUUGAGGACAUCAUAAAUGAUGUUGAGAGGAUAAUCAUGCCAGGGGUGACGCACUGGCACAGCCCCUACUUCUUUGCCUACUUCCCCUCGGCCAACUCGUACCCGGCCAUGCUCGCGGACAUGCUGUGCGGGGCCAUCGGCUGCAUCGGCUUCUCCUGGGCCGCGAGUCCGGCAUGCACGGAGCUGGAGACGGUGAUGAUGGACUGGCUGGGGAAGAUGCUGAAGCUGCCAGAGGCAUUUUUGGCCGGGGAAGCGGGCGAAGGGGGUGGAGUGAUCCAGGGAAGUGCCAGUGAGGCCACUCUGAUGGCCCUGCUGGCCGCUCGAACCAAAGUGACCCGCCGCCUGCAGGCCGCCUCCCCCGGGCUGACGCAGGGUGCCAUCAUGGACAAGCUAGUGGCUUACUCAUCGGAUCAGGCACACUCCUCAGUGGAAAGAGCCGGAUUAAUUGGAGGAGUGAAACUGAAAGCCAUCCCUUCCGAUGGCACGUUUGCUAUGCGUGGUUCUGCCCUGCAGGAAGCUAUGGAGAGAGACAAGGCGGAGGGCCUGAUUCCUUUCUUUGUGGUGGCUACGCUGGGGACCACGUCCUGCUGCUCAUUCGACAGUCUCUUAGAAGUGGGUCCGAUCUGUAACAAGGAGGACAUGUGGCUGCACAUCGACGCUGCCUACGCGGGCAGCUCCUUCAUCUGCCCUGAGUUCCGGCAUCUUCUGAACGGAGUCGAGUUUGCAGACUCAUUUAACUUCAAUCCGCACAAAUGGAUGCUGGUGAAUUUCGACUGCUCUGCCAUGUGGGUGAAAAAGAGGACAGACCUAAUCGGAGCCUUUAAGCUGGACCCUGUUUACUUAAAGCACAGCCAUCAGGACUCAGGGCUUAUCACCGACUAUCGGCACUGGCAGUUGCCGCUGGGCCGAAGGUUUCGCUCUCUGAAGAUGUGGUUUGUUUUUAGGAUGUACGGCGUCAAGGGACUGCAGGCUUACAUCCGCAAGCACGUCCAGCUGGCCCACGAGUUUGAACAUCUGCUGCACCAGGACCCUCGCUUUGAAAUCUGUGCGGAGGUCACUCUGGGGCUGGUCUGUUUUCGGCUCAAGGGUUCCAACAAGCUGAAUGAAGCUCUUCUGGAAAGAAUAAACGGCACCAAAAAAAUCCACUUGGUUCCAUGUCACCUGAGGGACAAGUUCGUGCUUCGUUUUGCCAUCUGCUCCCGCACCCUGGAAUCUGCACACGUGCGGCUGGCCUGGGAGCACAUCAGCCAGCUGGCCAGCGACCUGCUGGGUGCAGAGAAGGAAUAGAAGCCUGACCCCAGCGAUCAAAAGUUGAAAAGAAAUAUAUCUGAACACCGUGGAAGAGAAUAGAAGCAUGCUAGCUCCGUGGACCCACACCCACAUGUGGCCUCAUGUUUCCUUCUCUGAAGUUCUCCAGAGCCCUGUGUUUCUGUCUGCUCACCAUCUAAUCAAGGAAGAAAUAUUAUUUGCUAUGUGAAAAGUUAAUCCAGUGGAUGUAGCUUUUGUUCAUUAUUUGGCUGUGACUUUUCUUGAUUCAAAAAUCAUAGGUUUUCAUGCUCUUGAAAAUGUCAGUGGUAGGAGAAGCUUACUGAAAUAUUUUCCAGGGCAUUCUAGGAUCGUGGGACUUGAGAUUACACCUUUAAAUUGUGGCCUUUAAAUUGUUCCGUCAUGUGGCUCAAUGCUUAAUAAACAAUUUCAAGUGCGGUG